AUGGCCUCCCUGCUCCGCCGUGGACUCGACUAUCUUUCUCCUUCCGCAUCACCUGCACCGUCGCCCCAAAUUCCCAAUUUCGAAGCCGGUGAUGACCCCAAACCCCCCAAGCCCAUCGCACAGUUCACUACUGCAUCCACGCCGACCACCCUCUUUACAUUGGUCGACAAAGCCGUCGACGGCGAAGAUUGUGACCAUGACUGCGCCUCCUGCACAAUUAAAUACCCUGCUAAAUUCAGCAUUGAUUAUGACGACGAAUUAUACGGGCAUGUGAAGGGGUGGAUGACCCAUAUUCUCGUUGCAACGGGGAAAACCGAUUGGGUGAGGGACGUGGCAGAUGAGAAAGGGAGUGUGAUGGAGGCGAUUGGGAAAGGCGGCAUUAGCCCAAGCAGUGGUCCGAUGAAACUGUCUGCGUCGAACAUGCCCGUGCCGGAUGAGUACUAUCACCAUCCGGAGGGAGAGCAGCCGACAACUGUCUUACUGCUGCCUGCGUUCACGAUCAUCGACCAUGUGACCCCGGCUUUGGUGCCGGAUUUGAUCAAACAUUUCGUUGAUCUUGCUCCGACGACGACAUCGCCUUUAACAGGCACGCCCCAAAAAGCAGAACGGGAGGAGCCCACAGAGUUAGCAAUACCAGACAGCAACGCCGCAGACCCGUCAUCUCUCGACCUUACCCAGCUGACACAAUCUCUUCCCACUUCUCUGCACUCGCGUCCCUGUCCGCACGCUGCUGUCAUCCUUCUUUGCUCCCAAAAGACCCGGGACGCGCGAUGCGGUCAAUCAGCACCCUUGCUCCGCCGUGAAUUUGAACGACACUUGCGCCCACUGGUGUAUCGAAGAAGAGACUUUGAAUGGUUCAAGAGGCAAAACCACGACUCCGAAAAGGAGUGUGAAGCGAGCAAAACAGGCACAGGGCAGAACGAAGGAGCUGCUCAGGGAAUAUGGCUCGCUCGAGUCCGACCAGAAGACUGCGAAGGGAUUGUGAAGUUUACGGUGCUGCAGGGGAAAGUUGUGAAACCUGGAUUGCAGCUCAGGGGUGGAUUUGACCGUGAAAAGGGAUUGAUCAGCUGGUGA